CGGUUCUUGAUGCGCAUCAUCUGAGGCCUCCAUAAUCGCCCCACGCCCUCCCCCUCCGCCAUUUAUUUCUCCGCUGAUCUCCACCAAGAUGGCUGACCGCGUGCUCGAGCUGCUAGCGCCUGUGCAGGCGGCGCUGGAAGCGUCUCCUUUGGCUGUGAAGAUUACGGCGGCUGUUGGCUGCCUGGUGUUGUCUCGCCUGGCGUUGCAGGUGCUCGGCUCGGUGUACACGUUCUUCCUUCGUCCGGCCAAGAGCCUCAAGGGCUUCGGCCAGUGGGGCGUGGUCACGGGUGCCACGGAUGGCAUCGGCAAGGCGCUGGCCAUGGAGCUGGCGCGCAAGGGAAUGAAUGUCGUUUUGCUGAGCCGCACUCAGAGCCGCCUAGAGGCCGCGCGCGACGAGAUCCUGGCCAAGUACCCCAAGGUGGAGGUGGAGAUCUUGGCCGUGGACUUUAACCGCGUGGACGAGCCCAGCGUACGCGAGGCGCUGCAGAAGAAAAUGGACCAGGUCAAGGACGUCGGCGUGCUCUUCAACAACGUUGGCGUGUCGUACGACUUCCCCGAGUUCUUCGAUCAGCUCCCGGAGGACCGUGUGGACAGCCUCAUCAAGCUCAAUGUGGCCGCCACCACCAUUAUGACCAAGCUGGUGCUGCCUGGUAUGGCGCAGCGCAAGCGCGGCGUGGUCGUCAACCUGAGCUCCGGCUCGGGCCGCAUGGUCGUGCCGCUGCUCAGCGAAUACUCGGCCACCAAGAAGUACGUGGAGCAGCUAACGCUGUGCCUCGCCGCCGAAUAUGCUGCCAAGAACGUUCACAUUCAGUGCCACGUGCCCAUGUUCGUGUCUACCAAGCUGGCCAAGAUCCGCCACUCGAGCUUCAUGGUGCCGUCGCCCGCUACAUACGCACGCGCGUCGGUGGCGCAACUGGGCUACGACACGCUCAUCUCGCCCUACUGGCCGCACGCGCUGCAGAUCUGGCUGUAUGAGAGCGCACCCACGUGGCUACUGGCUAAGGCCGCCAUGAUGACCCAUCUGUCGCUGCGCAAGCGUGCGCUCAAGAAGCUUGAGGCCAAGAAGAACCAGUAGACGUAGCAACUAGCGAGCACGUGACUCGUCAUCUCGUCCCCACGUAAAUGACGAGCACCGGUGCACUGUACAUGUAGCAGACUGCUUUAGGCAAAACCGUUCUUGCCACACCGACAAUAAAUGCUACGUGGUCGCUCGCGUGAAACGUUCGGCUUGUCAAACACUGCACCGCGCUCUACAGCCUUUCAAGAUUUUUUUUUCAUACCUUGGUCACCAACGUAUGCGUCCUGUUAGACCGCUCUGGCGCGAUGCGCAGUGUUGGCGGCCUCGGCGCGGGAGGUGGCACUGACUUUCGGCGAGCUGCCCGCGCCGUCGUCAUUCCAUCGCCCCGCGCAGUACUGUCAAGGGCACCGAUACACCGUGCCGCGUCGAUAUCCCGGGCCGCCGGUGUUGGGUAAAGCGCUCGGCAGGAAUGGAUGGUUGGCUGGCGCCAGUGCCUCGGAGAGAUCUUGGGAUUCCUCGUCGUCACGCUCAUUCGAAACGCUUGGCACCACUGUCCAUCUCGGCGGAUCUGAAUUUGAAUGGAACCACUGUUCAUAUAUCUGGAACUUUCAAAUAAGACGGUGCCUCAACUCAAAUUUGCUGUUUCUUUCUUGCUUGACAUCGUGUUGCUGCGCUUGUCUUGGUCUCUGCAACACCAGCAAGCAAGCGCCCCAGAAGAGCCAGCAAGUCGUGAGCAGCGGUUCAAGCAUGCGCCAAGAGAAGCUCGGUGACGACCAUUUUGUGCGCCGAUUUUCCAGCGAGAUUGAGCCGGAUCACCAACAACGAAGGAACAAUUGCCAGGAAAACUUUUUUUCUUCUCUGCGAAGAGCAAAAAACUUUUGAAAAAGAUCUUGGCCGCUGCGACGUCGGAAGCAAGAACCCAGCGCUUUGCGCUCUGCGUUGUAGCGGUGCGAUACUCACACAUGGCGGCCGUCAGCUGACUCCGGUGUUUUGGGUCUGCUGGAUAUGGGCACCGCCGCAAAUUUAUCCAGCUGCGUCACCUGACCGUCGGGCUCUCUUCUGCUAGUCUAUCCGUCCCAGAAGGCAUCAUUACCUGUACAUGUAUGCCUAGAGCCUGUUCACCAUGCGCAGUAAGAAGCAGCAGGUGGCGGCAUUUCAUGUGGGGGCCGUGAUCCUAAAAAAAUGAAUUUGGCGCGCUAUUCCGACCCUUCGCACGCGAUUUCAAAUCUCUAAACCUGUCAGCAUUCAAUAAAGUGUACUGAAUUCCGCUGGAUUACUGGGCUCCAUCUUGAUUUUACUAAGAAUUAAUUGAUUUCCUCACCUGCGUCAAUA